AUGGAUAAGUGAAAGAUCGGCUAUCAAGUCACCAGUGCUCGACAAAUCUCCCGCUGAGACGGACCACAGUACGUGUAAUUUUCCAUCAAGUAUUCAAGGACAAAGCGAUAAUGAGGCUAAACUCUAUCAUACCAAAUUUUAAAGUCGAUACCACGCAAGGUCCUAUCGACUUUUACGAUUGGCAAGGCAGUUCAUGGGUGGUCCUAUUCUCCCAUCCUGCUGACUUUACCCCAGUAUGCACCACCGAACUGGGUCGUAUUGCGGUGCAUCAACCGCACUUCGUAAAACGCAACACCAAGUUGCUUGCUCAUUCUGUUGACAAACUUAAGGAUCAUGUGGACUGGGUCAAUGACAUUAAAUCGUAUUGCAAGGACAUCCCUGGUGCUUUUCCAUAUCCCAUAAUCGCUGAUCCUGAUCGCAAACUCGCCGUGAAGCUGGACAUGAUUGAUGAACAGAGCAAGGACGAUCCGGAAACCGCUCAGACCGUUCGGUCUCUUUAUAUUAUCAGUCCAGAUCAUCGUCUACGACUUUCUAUGCAAUAUCCGACCUCUACUGGACGCAAUGUCGACGAAAUAUUACGUGUAAUCGAUUCGCUACAGCUCGUCGACAGAAGGCCGGAGAUAGCAACUCCCGCCAACUGGGUGCCUGGUGAGAAAGUAAUGAUUCUGCCGACGGUGAAGGAAGAGGAUCUCCCGAAACUUUUCCCAGGAGGAGUCGAUCGUAUAUCCAUGCCAUCCGGAAAAGUCUACGUUCGCACUACUACUAAUUACUAAUUGUAAAAACAUUAUCUACGCUAUAUAUUUCUACCUGUUUCAGAACUUUGUUCGAAUAGUUUUAAUUCAGUAUCACAUUAUGCGAGAUUUGAAAGAAAAUUGUAACGUUAUGAAGUUUUAUCUAAUA